UUUCUUCUGUCAGCCCCCCUCUGCCUGCUGACCCUUCUGCUGCCACCCCUCAGUCCAGGGGCCCCCAUCUCCCCAGCUGAGCCUAUCAAUCAAGCCUACAGCCUGGCCCUCUACAUGCAGAAGAAUACAUCUACACUGCUCCAGACUUACCUCCAGUACCAGGGCAGCCCCUUUAGUGACCCUGGCUUCUCAGCCCUUGAGCUCCAGCUCAGCAGCCUGCCUCCUGCUGCCAUCUCCUUCAAGACCUGGCAUGCCUUGGAUGAUGGGGAGCGGCUGAGCCAUGCUCAGGGGGCCUUCCUGGCCUUGACCCAGCACCUACAGCUUGUGGGGGACGACCAGAGAGAUCUGAACCCUGGCAGUCCUAUCCUGCUGGCUCAGCUUGGGGCUGCAAGACUCAGGGCCCAAGGUCUACUGGGCAACAUGGCUACCAUCAUGACUGCUCUGGGCCUGCCCGUCCCCCCUGAAGAGGACACUCUUGGGCUUGUGCCCUUUGGGGCCUCAGCCUUCGAGAGGAAAUGUCGAGGCUAUAUAGUGACCCGGGAAUAUGGCCACUGGACAGACCGAGCUGUGAGGGACUUGGCUUUGCUCAAGGUCAAAUACCCUGGAUAGAGGUGGUGGGAUUUCCUAUCAGAAGCUACAAAAUCUCUUCUUUCACAGUGGACUCUUCUGUGCCUUGAUGCUUGGCUAGAAAGGAGAUAAAUCUUGUCUAGCAGACA